AGAGCGCCGAAUAAGGGGUCCGAAAGGGUCGCUCGCUAUUGGUGAAAGGGGUCUGUAUGCAAUGCAAUCGUUGUACCCCCGCCUCAUGUUUGUUCCCUGGGCCUGGGCAGGGCACCGCUAUAAAAGCAUACCGCGUCGCCCCUCAGAUACGUAGUGUUUUCCCGUGUACUGCACUAGAAAAAUCGCCCACAAUGAAGUUCGUCAUUGCUUUGUUCGCUGUCCUGGCCGUCGCCAGUGCCUAUCCCGGCCUCCUCUCGUACCACGAACCGGUGCACGCUCCGGAAGUUAUCCACGCAAUCCAGAUUCCGCAGCAGCCGGCCAUCCCGCCACCACACCCACAGCCCCUGAACAUUAAGAUCCCCCAUAUACCCGUCGUGAAAAUCCCGUACCACGGACCCGGAAUAGUGAAGCCCCAUCUGAUCGGUGUUGAGCACUAUGUGGAACCCGUAAAGAUCGUCAAGGCUCCAGUGAGUCACCACCCCUGGGACUAAGGUAACGGCACCCGUUGAACUCGCUGGUCCAGGGUGAUCCAUCCUGGACGAGCCGUCCUGAGGUGCAUCCAUCCGGAAGUAGCGACGACGCUUUACGAACAACCGCUAACCAGCAUGGCCAACAUCGAAAUUCUCUUGGCGUGAAGGAAACUGAGGACGAUAUACAGUUGAAGGAGCCGGGUCAACUCGAGUUCUUCGUUUCAAGGGAAAAAACAGUAUUCUUCAGGGACUUGAAAAUCAGUAUUAUCCAAGUUGGAAGGAACCGUGGGCGAAAGAACGUCGAGUUGCUUUGAAAAAACAGCCUCAGGAUCGGCGAGUAUUCUUGGACCACCCGAAGACCUCAGACCAGGCAGCCAACUUUUAAGAAAAGAAAAUUUAUUGUUCUUUUUUUGUACACACGAUACACGUUUACACGAGCGCAGCGACUUUUUUUGAUAGUUACACCUCCCUACCCUGUUCCCGAUUAAUGGAUCAUGAAAUUAUUGUGCGGCAUGUGAUAUUCGACGACUACCGGUGCCUUCAUUGUAUAUUCUUCUUUCUUUCUUCCGCCUAGUUCCAACCCUACCUUACCCAUCCCCAUCAUA